AUGGAUUUCCAAAUUACAGAGGAAGAUUUUAUCAUGUGGGCAACCUGUUGCAACUGGUUCUGCGUGGAUGGACAGCCUGAGGAGGCCUCACCACCCCAGGGAGCCAGGGCGCAGGCCUAUUCCAAUCCUGGGUACAGCUCCUUUCCUUCCCCAACAGGCUCGGAACCAAGCUGCAAGGCCUGUGGGGCCCACUUCGCAAACAUGGCCAGGAAGCAGACCUGCCUGGACUGUAAGAAAAAUUUCUGCAUGACCUGUUCAAGCCAAGUGGGAAAUGGGCCCCGCCUCUGCCUUCUCUGCCAACGAUUCCGAGCAACAGCCUUUCAGCGGGAGGAGCUCAUGAAGAUGAAGGUGAAGGAUCUGCGGGACUAUCUCAACCUCCAUGACAUCUCUACCGAAAUGUGCCGGGAAAAGGAGGAGCUGGUGCUCUUGGUGCUUGGCCAGCAGCCUGUAAUCUCCCAGGAGGCCAGGACUCGUGCCCCCACCUUUUCCCCGGACUUCCCUGAGCAGCAGGCCUUCCUGACCCAGCCUCAUGCCAGCACAAUACCUCCUACCUCACCCAGCCUCCAUUCCUCACCCUCACAAGCCACUUCUGUCCCCCCCGCCCAGGCUCAGGAAAAUCAGCAGGCCAAUGGCCACGUGUCUCAGGACCAAGAAGAACCCAUCCACCCGGAGAGCACAGCCAGGGUGCCUGCUGAGGAUGAGACGCAGUCCGUCGACUCAGAGGACAGCUUCGUCCCUGGCCGGAGGGCUUCUUUGUCCGACCUGACAGACCUGGAAGACAUUGAAGGUCUCAACGUGCGGCAGCUGAAGGAGAUCCUGGCUCGUAACUUCGUCAACUACAAGGGCUGCUGUGAGAAGUGGGAGCUGAUGGAGAGGGUGACGCGGCUGUACAAGGACCAGAAAGGCCUCCAGCACCUGGUGUGUGGUGCCGAAGACCAAAAUGGGGGAGCGGUGCCACCCAGCCAGGAAGAGAACCUGUGCAGGAUCUGCAUGGACUCGCCCAUUGACUGUGUCCUGCUGGAGUGUGGCCACAUGGUCACCUGUACCAAGUGCGGCAAGCGCAUGAACGAGUGUCCCAUCUGUCGGCAGUACGUGAUCCGAGCCGUGCACGUCUUCCGGUCCUGA